CCUGUGUGUGUCUCUCUGCUCAUGGAGGGAGACUUCCUCCCGGGCCUCCAGAGUCCCGGACCCCCAAGCCGGGUCCCCCAAGGGGGGCCGUGAGGGAGAGAGGUUGGGAGAUACAGGGGGAGAUACAGAGGGGGAGAUACAGGGGGAGGGAGAUACAGAGGGAGGGAGAUACAGAGGGGGGAGAGGGAAGCGCCGGAGAUGGAGAGAGACGGCGGCGUGGUGUGCUGCGGGUGGCUCAUCAAGUCUCCCCCCGAGAGGAAGUUACGCCGGCCAUUUGCGUGGCGGCGCCGCUGGUUCGUACUGCGCCAGGAGGAGCUGCUGUAUUUCCGCAAUGACCGCGCACGCAAGCCGAUCCGUACCAUCCCCCUCUCCGCCUGCCUGCAGGUCGACUCUGGCCUCGCCUUCAGCAAGGAUGGCGCUAAGGGCAGCUUUGUGUUUGACGUACGCACGGAAGCACGCACCUUCUACCUGGUGGCCGAGAACGAGGAGGAGAUGGUGGCCUGGGUCCGUGCGCUCUGCUCCCUCUGCGGCUUCAAUGAAACUGCACAGGGGAACGAACUGGAGGCUGGAAACCAAACCGGCCAAUCGGACGCCGGACCCCAGGCCCCACCCUCCCAGCCGCCACACCUUGCCGAGGCCACGCCCCCCAUCUCCUUGCAGCCAACGGUGGCGCAGCCUGAGGCCACGCCCCCACUCCACCGGUCAAUGGGACCUGGGGGAGGCAGGGUCAACGGGCAUCGCUUGGGCAACGAGGAGCCAAAUGGCUACCUGUGUCUGUACGACUGUGAGAGCCGGAUCCCUGACAAUCUGCAAAGUGAUGUUCCCGAUCAACUCUACUCCGUGCCGCGCCGCUAUAACCCGGCAGCGACAUCACCAGCCAGCCCCACCCAGGACGUGCCAUCAUCACUGCCAUCUCCCACCCAGGAAGUUACAUCACAGCCUGAAGGGACAUCUCCACCCCCAUCGCGGUCCGAUCCUGACCAAGAAGCUAUGUCAUCCCCAAAGACAGGGAGCUCACAGGAAGUGACAUCGUCAUCACGGCUCUCCUUUCAGUGCUACGACAUCCCACCUCCUCCUUGCCAGGUGGCGUCAGGCUUCUGUGGAAAGCUUUGGACAAAUUCUGAAUCCCGUGAUUCAAAGGAUGAGGCAGAAGAAGAGGUGGGGUUCGAGUGUUACGAUGUGCCGAAGGGCUGGGACAGUCCGAAGCCCGGACCCAAGAACCGCCAUGACCUGAGCCCUCCGGAGAAUUAUGUAGCCAUGGAGACCAGCAGUCGGUCCCCAUCACGCUCCGUCACUAUGGAGACCUGUGGGCGAUCUGUCACCCUGGAUACUAGCAGCCGGUCCUCAUCACGCUCUGUCACCAUGGAGACCGGCGGGCAUUAUGUCGAGAUCAGCAGUCGCUCCCACUCACGCUCCGUCACCACGGAGAUGAGUGGACGCUGGUCUCCGCUGCCUGCCGGAUCUGGCUCCGUGUUUGGACCUACAUCAGCUACUGCUACGAAGCCCGGAACGGAGGUUGGACUAGAUGGGGCCGGAGGGGGUCCUGGGGGACGGAGGACAGGGGCCAUGCGAGCGAGCAGCGUGGGGACGCGCGGGGCUGCGCUCGGAGGGGUCGUGCCCCCGCCGGCCCACGUUGGGUUUAGAAGCAACCCCAGCACACUGGAGGGCGGGUCGCCACGCACACCGCGCGCCCUCCAAUCGCCGCGCACGCCACGUGCCCUCCAAUCGCCGCGCUCGCCACACUCGCCCCGCACGCCACGAACUCCACAGACACUCCAGGAGGGACCGCCAGUCAACAGGGAACUAAAGCCCAACCGGUCAGGCCGGAGGCCACCCCCCCUCGCACUCCAAUCCGGGAUUGGUGCAAAUGGAGAUCUCCCCCCACCAGAACCCUCCCCCAUCACCAAGACUUUCACACGCCCUGGCUCGCUCCGAUUGGCUGGGCCGCCGCAGCCACGCCCUCCAUCCAUACAUAGUUCCGCCUCCAGCUCCGACUCUCACGAUGAUGAAGAGGAUGAGAGCUACGUGGCCAUGCAGCCCCCGGAACACAACCUGCAAUAUCUGGAUCUCGACCUGGGAAGAUCGGAUACUGCACCGAGCACGGCGAGUACCCGGGCGCUGGAGGAUCGUGUGCACUACGUGGAGCUCGACGAUCGCAGAACACGCGCUCUGCAGGACACACAGAGGGCUUGGAGCCACAGCCGGGCCCCAGGACCCACAGGGAACCCCGCCCCCUAACGCGCACACGGGCUCCUCUGAUCCUCAUACACAGAGGUCCACCUUCACAACCCCCCUCUCCCCCCAAUAAUAAUACACAGGAAACCCUGAUCGGAAUAUACAGGUCAUCCCAAUAAACAGCAAGCCCCCUAAAACACAUGCCACUGAUUCUAAUACACACAGCUCCCUGACCCUAACAUACAUAUGUGUCCCAAACACAGAAACCUUUGUACCAAAUACACACAUGCUCCUGACCUCUAAAAUAUAGAUAUCCUCUAAACACAUGAGUUACCUGGCAUGUUCUGUUUACGUGACAAACCUUAUUGGCUGUGUCGGGUGGUGGCGGGUUUAACGACACAUUUAUACACCACGCUACUGCUCUCCACUGACACACAGGCUGUCUUCCACAAACAAGCCCAUGAGCAGAGCACACCCAGAUUUGCGCUUUACUGUACUUUCGUAAAUAUAUGCAGGUAAACGCCUAUUGUACAGAUCUUUUGACUGUAACAGCCUUAAACAUCCCAAUAAACAGAAGAGCCUUAAACAGCCACAACCAGCCUUUGUGAAACUUCACAUUAAUCUCUAGAAUGCGUCUGACUCUUCACACUUUCAAGAAUUCUUCUUUGUACGGAUACGGUUUGUGUAGCAAACAAUUCGAAAUCCAAAUUUUAAAUCCAGUUGAUGGCUUUGGGAGAUAAUGAGUGUAUGCCGCUCUGUAUUUACUAGAAAUGCGUGUAAUGGACAGGCAUUUACGGCGUGUUUUAUUGUUUGGCUCGGACCGCCUCAGUCUCAUGCCAAGGAAUCCAGAUACGAUUCACUGUCGACCAUUGCCUUGUGGUCUCGUAAUACUUUAUCGAGAUUUAUAUAUUCUCCAGUAUUCUGCCUUCGAAUACAAUUAAAGUAUACACACUGCGCGAGGCUGAUGAUUGCUAAAUGCGUUCCAUAUGACGUAGAAAGUGCUGAUUUUAAUUGGGCUGAGGAAAUUUGUGACCUGUAGAGAGCCUUAAUGAAAUGUUCCAUACAUCACAUGGGCUGUAUUUAGCAAUCGUCCGAUGAAUGUAGGGUGUAACUACUUCCAUUUGAACUGAGAAGAUAGAUAAAUGUGGAAAGGCUGACCGUGGGGGGUCUCAAAGACUGAGUUUCGAGAAACCCUGCCCUAUUCUGUUAGACUCUUGCACACUUAAUGUCUAUUCCUCACAGAGCAAGUCGGCUACAACACAUUUAAGGCCUUAUUUUCAAUGACAUUAAUGAUUGGUUGUUUUUCGUAACUCAUACUUAUGUUUUUUAAUGCCCAGUUUAGAUUUAAAUAUAGACUGAGUGGGAGUGCUGUUAGUGAGCACAUAUUAAGAAAUGCACUGCAAGUGAGGAGUGAUGUUGCCUGAGCCAUGCACAACCGGUGCUGGUGAUGACCACACCACACAAGCGACUCGGUUACCACUGAGUUGACUUAGGGCAAGCCCAGACCAAGUUUGGAUACCACUUGCCGCUGAUGUUGUGCAUCGUGGCCAGGAAUCAAACUUGGUAGAGAGGAUUAAUGUGCAGUGCACUUAUAAGAAUUACUACUAACCCCACUUAUACAAACACAUGUUUAUAGACAUGCAUGCAGCAGUCGUGCAGAUAUAGGCAUUACUUUGUCGUUAUCUAGGUAUUCCUAUGGUGUUCAUAGCGAGCUCGGAUACAUUGUCUAAACCGAGACGAGACGUGACGAUAAACAUGUUGCUGACUAUUGUAGUGAUGUUAAUACUGGUUAUGUUGAGUUGACGCAGUAAUGACGGUCAAAAGUUUUGAAAUAAAAAGUAAAAUGUA